UUUUAUUUUGAAAAAGAAAGAAAGAAAAAAGAUAAUAGAGGACAGGCAAAGGAAAGGAGAGAGAAAUGGGAUUGGAGGGGGUCCCUUAAGGCUUUUAGGUUUCAGUGUGCGACUUUGUAAUUUCUUCUCUUUGAAAUCAUUAAAUCCCACAUCUCCAUCUUCAUCUCCGUCUCUAUCUCCGUUCACUCCUACGAUCUGCUCUCUUCAGCUCAGCUGGCUGGUUGAUCUAAUCUGCUUUGUAUUAUACACUUCAAUUUCGGACUGGAAUUCGAAUUCAAAUUGGAUCGGUAUUCAUCAUCAUCAUCAUCAUCAUCAUAAUCAUCAACUUUGUUGUCUGUUGCUCCUUCUCUUGUUUUGUAUGUGUAAGCAUAUAUUAUUUCGUUUUCAUAGGCUGUGGUGGUUCUUGCGCAUUUUGCUUCCUAUUUAUAUCUGUAAUUCCCAAUUUUUAAUUGAUAAAUAAAAAAAAGGGGAAAAUUGGGGGGAAUAAAAAAGAAAAAGUAAACAUAGAGAGUUAUGCAGAAGAGUGGGAGUGUUUCCAGGAAUAGUAACACUCCUCUCAAAGUGAGCGUGCCUCAGCAGUCUCUUCGGCGCCUGGGAUUGUGUUCUCAGAUUGCCACGGCAACUGGGGGCCAGCAUGCUUCCCCAGUUGUCUUUCCUGAGAAACAGAAGCGCAGUAAAGUCAAGUCUUCGAGGCGGGGAAAUGAUGCCACUCCAAUAACCCCUACCUCUGAUGACCCUGGCAAACUGAAGAGCUUUGAGCAUAGGAUUGACAUUGGGGAUGGAUUACUGGGUGCUGUUGGUGGAGACGAAAAGUCUGAUUUGUUGGGUUAUGGGGUCUACUCAGGAAAGUUAGUUUUGGAUAAGAAAAAAACGGUUAGUAAUGAUUCGGCUUCAAAUGAUUCGCAACAACAAACCUCAUCCUCUAAUGAUAAUUGGAACCAAGAAGCUGUCGAUGCUAAGCUUACCAGCAAGGCUUUGAUAUGGGGUUCGCAUAUGCUGAGUCUUGAGGAUGUUAUCUCGGUUACAUACAAUGUUGGUCUCAGACAUUUUACAGUACAUUCUUUCCCUUGGAAGAAGGGGUCUUGUGGCUUUUCUUGCUUUAUGAAACCUAAAAGAGCUCGCAAGGACUAUCGUUUCUUAGCUUCUAGCACUGAAGAGGCAGUUCAUUGGGUUGGUGGGUUUGCAGAUCAACAGUGUUAUGUGAAUUGUUUGCCCCACCCAUUGGUUUCUUCAAAGAAGCAGGCAUCUUCAGAGUUACUUCCCAUUGAUACUCCUCCCGAAUUAAUUUUUAAAUGUAAGAGCCCACCAAGAAUGCUCGUCAUAUUGAAUCCACGUUCUGGACAUGGCCGUUCGAGUAAGGUUUUCCAUGGUGUUGUUGAACCUAUUCUUAAGCUUGCAGGUUUCAAAUUGGAGGUAGUCAAAACAACAUCUGCAGGCCAUGCUAAAAAGCUUGCAUCAAGUGUUGACAUCAGCACUUGUCCUGAUGGAAUUAUAUGUGUUGGGGGUGAUGGCAUUAUUAACGAGGUUCUGAAUGGUUUACUUAGUAGAGACAAUCAAAAAGAAGGAAUUUCCAUACCAAUUGGAAUUAUUCCUGCUGGUUCUGAUAACUCUUUAGUUUGGACUGUUCUUGGAGUUAGAGAUCCGGUUUCUGCUGCAAUGGCUAUUGUGAAGGGGGGUCUUACCGCUACUGAUGUUUUUGCUGUUGAGUGGAUUCAGACUGGUGUUCUUCACUUUGGGAUGACAGUCUCAUAUUAUGGUUUUGUUAGUGACGUGUUGGAGCUUUCCGAUAAAUAUCAAAAGCGUUUUGGUCCUCUGCGUUAUUUUGUUGCUGGUUUUCUCAAAUUUCUGUGCUUGCCUAAGUACAGCUACGAAGUGGAGUACCUUCCAGCAUCAAAAGAGGAUCAAGAAGGAAAACUAUCUGUUGAGCGGGAAGUAGUUGACAUGUCGGACCUAUACACAGACAUUAUGAAGAGAUCAAAUGCAGAUGGCAUUCCUAGAGCCUCUAGUCUUUCUAGUAUCGACUCCAUAAUGACUCCCAGUCGAAUGUCUGGAGAUUUGGAUACAACCUGUAGUAACACUCAUGCAAGUGCUGAACCAUCAGACUAUGUGCGUGGCCUGGAUCCAAAAUCUAAACGAUUAUCAUCUGGAAGAAGCAGUAUAACUGCUGAACCAGAAGUUAUUCAUCCGCAGUUACCUCUCUCAACAACUCCAAACUGGCCUAGAACCAGAUCAAAGUCGAGGACUGAUAAAGGAUGGUCUGGAUUGACAGCCACUCAUGACAACUCUAGAUGUUCUUGGGGCAACAAUAUGAAUGAUAAAGAGGACAUAUCGUCAACACUGUCUGAUCCAGGUCCAAUUUGGGAUGCGGAACCAAAAUGGGACUCUGAACCUACUUGGGAUGUGGAAAAUCCUAUUGAAUUGCCAGGGCCAUCAGAUGAUGCAGAGACGGGAACUAAAAAAGAAGUCCCUGUGCCUAGGUAUGAAGAUAAGUGGCUUGUAAAAAAGGGACAGUUCCUUGGUAUCAUAGUUUGCAACCAUGCAUGCAGAACUGUUCAAAGUUCUCAAGUCGUGGCGCCAAAAGCUGAGCACGAUGAUAGCUCUUUGGAUUUGCUCUUAGUUCAUGGGAGUGGACGACUAAGACUGAUGAGAUUUUUUGUGCUGCUGCAGAUGGGUAGACACCUUUCACUUCCAUACGUUGAGUAUGUCAAGGUGAAAUCAGUGAAGAUUAAAGCAACAGGAAAGCAUACCCAUAAUGGUUGUGGCAUUGAUGGUGAGCUUUUUCGACUCAAUGGGCAAGUCAUAUCUUCAUUGCUUCCAGAACAAUGCAGACUUAUUGGUCGUUCCGCCAUCCAUGAUGUAUGACAGUCAUGAAUCUUCUUCUUUUCGAGUCCUUUGUUGGGUGGUAGGGACAAGUAUAAUACUUAUUUCCCAUAUUGCGGAAUAUAGAGAGCUUCCAUAUUCUCUGCUUCACGUCCUUUCUACCUCACUCAGUUGCAUCUUCAAACAGGUGAGGUCCUUGUAAAUUUUUUCUUCUUCGGUUGUGUAUCUGUCGCUUCUUUCUUGUUCAUUGGUUUUGAUCUUCCUAGUAACUUUUGCUUGGAUUAUGUAUCCUAUAUAUAAAUAUACAUAUGAUACAUUGUGAGCUGCUUGUGUAAUUGCAUUUUGAGUACGCCUGUUAUAUAAUCUUGGGAUUGUGCUCCGAAGUAUCUAUUUGUUUGUAAAGCAUUUGGUUAUUGAUCAACAGUUAUUUCUUCA